AUUCUACACCCCAUAUCCACAACAUAAAAACGAUGAAAAUGAUUAUAAAAAGAAAUAUGAAUUAUUAAAAAAUGAACACAAGAAAUUAAAACAUUCCUUUAAUCAAUUGAAAGAAAAAUGUAUUAAAUACGAAACCUUUAUAGAUUCCAUUAUCGAAUUUAUUAAGAAUGAAAAUUUAUCAAAAUCUAAUCAACUCAACAUCCCAAUAAACGAUGAAUUUUCAACUACUAAAGAUAAUUAUACAUCCAGCGAUGAGGAUCUCUUUACCGUCGAAAACGAACCUAUAUUUGACAGCAAUAAGCAAAAUAAAUCUGACCUCGAUGGUUAUAAUCAACAAAACGAAAUUGAUAAUUUCAUCGAAAAUAGUCAAAUUAUUCAAACCAAAUUCUCAAUCGAAAAUGAACACCAAACCUUUAAUCAAUUUAAUAAUUCAACAAACAAAUCUUUUAUCGAUGAAUAUAUGACAAAUAAUCUCUUUACUAUCGAAAACGGACUGGGAUUCAACAUCGAUAAUCAACAAAAUGAAAUUAAUAAUUUUAUUGAGA